AAAAAAAGAGAAGAAGUUCAUUUCCUUCUGACGCCGGAUGUUAUGGUGCUAUUAAGCUGGUUACAUGUAACGUGGAUAACUAUAAUACACAUUUAGGGGAUAGACAAUAAUAUAGGGGAAGAUCGUUACACAACAGUGUCUUGUUUUAUUUCAUGCGAGUUGUCGCUGUAAAAUUGGUCGCUUUUGUUCAACGUGGAUAUACAAACAAAUCCACUUAAGUUAGCUGUACGAUGCUAAUAGGCUAAUGCUGGUUGUCACGGGCAAGCCUAGAGAGUACGAGAAGGUUCUGGACAUAAAACAGACUGAAUGGAGAUGAGACUCUCAAAAUGAGCUCCUCGGACAGCACACCGUCCGUUUCGGGGAGGCAGGACGGCGGAGACAUGAGUGACGGAAGUGAAGACUGUAAACAGGGGGCAAUGGUGGUGAAGAGUCGUGCAGUGGUGAAGUACUCUGCGGCGCCCCCUCCCUGCACAUAUGCGGUACUGCAGGAGCAGACGGACCUGAAGCUGCCUCCAGCCAACUGGCUGAGAGAGAGUCAGCUGGGGCCUGCUGGGACAUCUGUGCUGGGCUCCAGCAGCAGGACCAAACCCUUCUCCAGCUUUGGGAUGGCCUAUGACUUCAUCGACUGCAUUGGAGAUGGUGUGGACGUGGUGUCUGAUUCGGAGAACAUUAAGAAGCUGUUGAAGAUCCCCUACAGUAAGAGUCAUGUGAGUUUGGCUGUGCAUCGGGUGGGGCGGACAUUGCUGCUGGAUGAGCUCGAUGUUCAAGAACUCUUCAUGCGGUCCUCACAGACGGGAGACUGGACAUGGCUGAAGGAGUUCUACCAGCGGCUGAUUGACCAGAAGUGGCAGCGCAAGAAGAAGAGCAAAGAGCACUGGUACCAAAAGGCCAUCCUGUCCAAGUUUCUCUACUACAGUAUUAAUGGGGAUGGAGCAGCUGAGCCUGUGUCUGCUGAUGCUGAUGAGACAGAGGAGGAUUGUGGGCCAGUGGAGGACUGUGGGCUGUCUUGGCCGGCCACCUUCAAUAGCUCCGCCUCUGACUGUGAAGAGCCCACCACUUCCAAAGAGGAGGGAAUGGGGUGCUCGUUUGCUUUGGCUGAUGUUGCGUUGGCAAGUGACGUGGCUUCAGUCUCUAAAGAACAUUAUCUACCUACACUCUUCAACGAAGGAGAGAGCAGUCAGGGCUUGAGGAAUGACUUUGUGCGGAACAUCAUGUGGACUUUUGAGGACAUUCACAUGCUGGUAGGCUCCAACAUGCCCAUAUUUGGAGGGGGGCGGUACCCAGCUGUCAGCCUAAGACUCAGGGACAACAACAAGCCCAUUAACAUUCUGACGGGCAUUGACUACUGGCUGGACAACCUGAUGUGCAACGUUCCCGAGCUCGUCAUGUGUUUCCAUGUCAACGGCAUCGUCCAGAAGUAUGAGAUGAUAAAGACAGAGGACAUUCCUGACCUGGAUAACUCCACCUUCUCCACGCGUGUAGUGAAGGACAUCGCCCAGAAUAUCCUGUCCUUCCUCAAGUCCAACUGCACCAAGGAGGGACACACCUACUGGCUCUUCAAAGCCAGUGGAAGUGACAUUGUGAAGCUCUAUGACCUCACCACUCUGUGUGAGGAAGCUACAGAGCAGAAGUGUCAGAACCCCUUCACCCUGCCUGUGGCUGUCCUGCUCUACAAGGUUGCCAGUAAUAUGAUGCUGAAGAAUCAGAACAGGAAUUAUGGCACCAUCAGAACGCUAUUGCUGAACUGUGUCAAACUCCUGGAUGAAGAGAGACACCCCCAGAUGAUGGCGUCGGCUCACUACAUGCUGGCUGAGCUGUUCCAGCUGGAUGAGGAGGCCGUGGCCUGUGAGGAAGGAGGCGGAGGCUCGGAGGAUAGCUACAGUGAGGAAGAAGAGGAGGAGGAGGAGGAGGAGGAGGAGGAAGACACAGCCGCAGCCGCAGCGGGGACACCUGACGACAGUAAGGCCGUCGCCAUCAUCAAGUCUGUGGGAGAGCUGUCCGUGCCUGAGAAAUACACCGCCACCAAUCACACGCGAUCCAGUGGUGUGUUGCCUGUGUCUCAGGAUAAAGAGGAAAGGUGCAGGCAUGUGCUAAACUAUGUACUCAAGGGGCUGAAGGCUGUGGACAACAGUAUAAAGCGUGAUGGUGAGCUUCCCUCGGCCGAUCCUCACACAGCCAUCCCUCUGAAGUACGAACAGACCUGCAGCUCAGGAGCCAUUCAGACACACAUCAGCAUGCUGCUCGACCCAGCGGGUUGCCGUAGUAAUGAGAUGAAGAGAGUGAGUCGCUCCGGGAUGCUUCCGGGUUCCUGGCAGCACCGGCUGAAGCUACAGCUCUUCCUGAAGGCCUCCAAAGCGUUCUACGUGCUGGCGGACGCCGCCAGCAACCUGCUCAAGUAUGGCCGCGCGCUGCGCUACAUCAAACUCGCCCUGCAGUGUCACGACGCGUACUGCUCCAUCAGCAGCUGUCUGGCUCCGCGGGUGCUGCUGUUCCACAGCCAGUGUCUGUGUCUGUGUGGAGACGUGCAGCUCAUGCUGGCGCACAACGCCUCCAACAGGGCCGCCUACCUGGAGGAGUACAGCUACCAGACGCAGGACGACCAGGAGCUCCUGCACUGCCUGCACAGAGAGAGCAGCUGCCAAGCAUUUUCUGUAGCGACUGACCUGAGCGGUGAUUGUGAGUACCAGCUCUUCGUCAGCUGUAAGUGUUACGAGGCAGCGCAUGACCUUUUGACCUCUGAGGCAGUGACGUCAGGACCCCUAGUCGAGGUUGCCGAGCAACAGGGGACGCACACACGCAAACGCCUCGGCAACAUCCGCAAUGAGCUCGGAGUCUUCUACAUGAACCAGGCCGCUACCCUGCAGAGUGAGAAGGAGGUGAAGCAGGCUGUGUGUGUGGCGGAGCAGGACCUGUGGAAGCGGAGUUUCUCCUGCUUUGAGAAGGGCCUGCAGGACUUUCAGGCCAUCUCCGACCCCACCAACACAGCGCUGUUGCUAUGCAACAUGGGCCGCCUCAUGCGCAUCUGUGCUCAGGCCCACAGCCAAUCGGAUGAGCCCGGGCACGGAGAGUUCUCACCAGAGGAGGCGCUCUACUACAACAAGGCUGUGGAUUACUACACGCAUGCAGUAUCUGUGUUGGGCAGUAGGGGGAGCCAUGCUACAGUGUGGGACUCGGUCAACUGGGAGCUCUCUACCACUUACUUCACCCUGGCUACUCUACUACAGGACCACGCCCCACUGUCCAGGAAGGCUCAGGAACAGGUGGAGAAGGAGGUGACUGAAGCCAUGCUGAAGUCACUACAUUACUGUGACCUUGACACACCGUCUCCACGACAACCUCUCUACCAGUAUCGAGCAGCAACCAUUCACCACAGACUGGCCUCAAUGUACCACAGCUGUUAUCGCAACCAGGUGGGUAGUGAGGGCGUGAGGAAGCAGCAUCGUUCCCAGGCGGAGCUCCAUUACAGUCGUGCAUCGGCUCUCUUCCUCAGCCUUGGCCACACCCCCUGUGAGCUGCUGCGGACACUGCUGGAGAGAGUGGCCUUCAUUCAGUUUACCACCUCAGCUCAGAGCAGUGCUGCUGUGAAGCUGAAGACUCUGACAGGAGCUCUAGAGGUCAUGUGUGACACACGCCACGCCUUCAGCAGCAUACACAAAGACCUUCAGAGUGUGCCGUUAGAAGAUCCUGAAGGUUCAGCCGAGGUCUGUGAUAACUCUGGGCUAAAUAGAGAGGAAGUGAUGCGUUUGAUUGGCGUAUUAGAGCCAAGCCUCUCUUUCCUGCUACUGCAACUCAUCAAACUGAGCAGCAAACGCAAGAGCAGCGGGCAGGAUGAGGACAGUGUGUAUGUGUAUAGGCAGGUGUACUCAUCUCUUCUACGGGCAGAAAAGGCGGCCCCACUGGUGGAGCGUAUCGCCCUCUACCUGCAGCUGCUGGAACAGCUCACAGGAAACACAGACACACACACCACAGAAUGACUUACUCCACAGAGUGACACAAUCACACACACUCAGCACAGCGUGACACACACACACACACACACACACACACACACACACACUCACCAAAGUGACACACGCACACACACACUCUCACCAAAGUGACACGCACACACACACCACAGAGUGACCCACUCCGUGGUGCACAGAUAUUCUCAGGGAAGCAGUCGGCUGGGGUUUCCUCUGGCUCUGUUCUCUGACUGACGUCACCAGUGUUGCCUUAUCCUGACCCCGGCUGUCUGACCCCUGACCCCGGCUGUCUGACCUUGACCCCGGCUGUCUGGGGCACCAGCGUGUGCACUCCGCUGAUCUACGCAGAGAAAGAGGAGCAGCAGGAGGAGGCUUCUCCGUCUUUUAUUCCACGUCUGUGGAAAACAGUGUGAAGCUUAAGCUUUCGAUGUGUGCAAUAGACUUAUGUGAACAGAUUAAUAAUAAACACAAUGUGUUGUUUUCA